AUGUGAAGCAGUCAAGUUGAGAGUGUUGUCGACUGCAGUCUGAAUAACUGUUUGCCUGUUUAUUGAAUUCAGAGAGCAAUAUUUUCCAUCAAAUGAAGCUACAAUACUCUUGACCUGCGCUUACAUACACUGGGACUUAUAGACGACAGAUUCUUCAUCACCAUGCUGAAGCCGUUUCACAUCUUAAAGCAGUUUGGAAAUGGGGGGAAGUCACAAGAUGCAACUGACCUUCUCUCAGAGGAUCUGGUUUUGGUGGAACCGCGUGUGGAGCCAGCCAGGAGAGCUGCCCAGAUCAUCCAUAAGAAGUUGGUAGGCUGCCUGCAGAGUCAGCAGGGACUGGACUCAGAGAAACGGAUGAAAAGGUUACCCCUCAUGAUGCUGUCUGUCAGUAUGGCUGAGAGCUUUAAAGAUUUUGAUGGUGAAUCUUCUAUUAGAAAGGUUCUGGAAAUGUGCUGCUUCAUGCAAAAUUUUCUGGCACAGACUUUGGCUGACUUUGAGAUGAAGUUGGAGAAAGAAGUUCUAGUACCUCUUAAUAAGCUCAGUGAGGAAGACCUCCCAGAGAUCUUGAAAAACAAGAAACAGUUUGCUAAACUUACAACAGACUGGAAUAAUGCUCGCAGCAGAUCUCAAACCAGCACUGGUCCACAGGCUAAGCAGGAUGGCCUAAGAGACGAUCUAGAGGAAGCCUGGAGGAGACUUGAAUCCAUCAAGGAUCAGUACUCUGCAGACCUCUAUCAUUUUGCCACUAAAGAGGAUGAGUACGCCAGCUACUUCAUUCGUCUUUUAGAUCUGCAAGCUGAAUAUCACAGGGUCUCAUAUGAAUUCCUGGAGAAAAAUAUAACCGAGCUCAAAGAGAGCCACAGCAGCACAGUGACUACAUCAGAAAAGAAGGUAUUCGGAGAGCCUCUGCUGUCUCACCUUCAGAGCUGUGGGCGAAAGAUUGCUGUUCCCAUUGAGGAGUGUGUAAGCAUGCUGCUUCAUACAGGACUCAGAGAAGAGGGGUUGUUCAGGCUAACAGCUGCUGCAUCUGUUGUAAAAAAAUUGAAGAGCUGUCUGGAUUCAGGGACGGUCGACCAAAAUGAGUUCAGCACUGACCCUCAUGCUGUGGCAGGGGUGCUGAAGUGUUACUUGAGAGAGUUGCCUGAACCACUCAUGACAUUUGAACUAUAUAAUGACUGGUUCAAAGCAGCAGGAGAAAAAGAUACAGAUGAAAAACUGAAACAGCUGCAGAUGGCGUUGCAAAAACUUCCCACAGAAAACUACAAUAACCUUAGGUACCUUGUGCAGUUUCUGUCACACUUGUCAGAGCAGCAAGCAGUGAAUAAAAUGACACCCAGUAAUAUUGCUAUAGUGCUUGGGCCUAAUCUACUGUGGCCUCGCUGUGAGGGAGAGACUUCCUUGCUGGACAUGGCAUCUGCUUCUUCAGUGCAAGUUGUGACUAUCAUAGAGCCACUUAUACAGUAUUCCAAGAGCCUCUUCCCUGAAGAAGCUGAUUUUGAGAUGCAAGAGCCACCUGCAAGACCAGAUUUGAAAAAUCUGAUCGCGACAAUAUCCCAGAGAUCUCUUUCUGACAGUGUUUUUCCUUCUUCCCUCUCUGGCCAAACAUCCCUCUCAAAAACUGACAGCUCAGCAUCAUCUGAGGACUUUGGGGCGACACUGCAUGUUAAAACUACUAUUAUGUGGGAGAACAAUGAUUCUGAUCCAGUAGCUCAGCUACCUACUCAGAAUUACAUCCCCACUCCCCUUCCCCGUUACACUCCUGUUAACUCCCAGUCCCAGAGCCAAAACCAGGCUAUGACACGGUGCUCCAGCCAACCAGAGCCUACUCAGGAGUUGCCUUCCCAGUCCCAGGAGCCCACUUUGAAGAUCACUGCUCCUUAUAAAUCAAGUAGGUCCUUCAUUCCACACAAGGCACCAAAACUCGGCAAAGGCCCUUCUGUGAGACAAGCAGGAUCUUUAUCUGUAACCCAGCCACGAGCUUUACCCGUUCCUCUGCCUAGAGUCUCUGAGGCACAACCACCUGCCUCGCCCAAGCCUGAAACCACCUGUGUUCAACUGCCUGCAUUGCCUGAAGGUGGACCACCAAAGAAAACCCAAGGCAGAAGACCCACAGUCCCUCCUCCCCAACCACCCCAAGCACUGAACAAGCAGCUCUCCUUCCCAGCUCAAUGA